CUGACCUCCAUCCUGCCUAUUGACCACCAUGUCCGUACCGUCUAGAGAUCAAAUCGAUGGCUAUAUCUCCUCCGUCGAGGAGCUUGUCGUCUCAUCUUAUGCAUUCAUCACGGACGUCGACGCUAUCAACGACUCCGUGCAGCGUCUCUGGAUGCACGUCUCUCGCUUCGGUCCUCCAGAGAUGCCCGACAUCCGGCUUCCCAGUCUUGGUAGAUUCGAGGUUCCCGCUCCUCUGCCACCUCCGCCCCCGCUUCCACCGACCACGACUUGGUAUGAGGAUGUAGCAGAUUGGGCAAGUCGGAAUAAGAUCCUCGUGGGUACAAUGUGUGUUGGUGCUGUUGGUGCUGGCUUGCUGGCAGGCUACAGUGCAUCAAGCUAUGCACGAGCUAGAGCUAGGGCUCGGCGUACUCAGAAAACGAUUGGUACUAGUACUAAUAACAGACGAUUGGUCGUUGUCGUCCUAGGCGGAGACGCACCUCUAGGUCCAUCCCUGAUUUCUGGACUUGUUAAAGAAGGAUACAUCGUUAUCACAAGUGUAUCAAACCCUGAUUCAGUUGCAGAAACUGAAGCGACAGGAAAUGGAUAUGUUAGGGCUCUGGUAUUUGAUCCCACGGAGCCUGCUACUCUUCCUGCCUUCCUCAAAUCCCUUAAGGCGACGCUCAGCUUGCGUUUCCCCUUGAAUGCUGCUGGAGAUCCUUAUCAGAAUUCUCCCACAACCUUCCCAAUUAUCUUCUCUGUCAUUUCCCUAAUUACUCUUCCUCCUUUGCAAAUCUGCCCGACACCAGCACCUUUUGAGCACCUCGAGCUUGAUUCGUCGUACGCCUCAUUCCUUUCACAUACGCACAUUAUGCCUUUGCAAGCCAUCCAAGCGCUUCUUCCUCUCUUCCGAGUCGAUUCCGUUCGUGCGAAAGAUUCCAUGUAUGCCGUUGGAGGAAGCAGGAGCAUUAUUUUCUGCGUAUCUGCUGCAGAUGCACGUGUCGGAGUGCCUUAUGCUUCGGCGCAAGCGAUGAGUGCCGCCGCUACGGUGCGCGGUGCCGAGGUUCUUCGACGCGAGCUCAAGCAGGUCGACGAUGCCCAGAUGCGCGACCUACGGGUUGUCGUGGUUGAUGUGGGUGCAAUUGGGAAGACUGAUUCUUUGGGACUGGCUGCUUUGUCUCUCGAUGAUGAAGCCCUAUCACGCUCCAUCGAAAAAUGGACGCCUGGUGAACAGAGAGUUUAUUCUGCUCCAUAUGCUGCGUUCAUUAGCGCGGUUACGCAGCGUCGCGGAAGGAAGCCCCAAAGCGUUGAUAAAUUUGUGAAGACAAUGGUAGGAACCGUUGGCUGGAAUGCGGCAAAGAGCGAGAGGAGAUCGACAUUGAGCGUCGGCCUUCGACUUUGGGCGUACGGCCUUCACCGAUCGCUACAAGGAGACAGAUUCGCAGUUGGUGCUGGAGCACGUACGUACGCAGCAGCGUCUUACUUACCGUCGUUCAUGCUGGACGCUCUGUUAAAUCUACCAGCCAUCGUAAUGUCCGCUAGGAAUAGGUACUUGCCUGUCGCACCCCGUAUUCCAGCGGGCUUGCCCGAAGUGGAAACGGAGCAGCCAAACGUGGAAGAAACUUCCAAAACAGAGUCAGAGCCAAGUGUCAAGGAGGUGCCAGCAUCGCCAAUGGAAACCUCGGAACCGGAGCGGUCAGCAAAUACAAGAAAAUCCGUGUCAGAUGUGACGUCCUCUGGUGUUGAUAACAGUUGGAUAAGCGUACAGGACUGAUAUCCAGAUCGAUUUCUCAAAGUUCUGUUGACGUAUAUCUUUUAUAUUGUUGUAUAAAUAACAGUAGCAUUUGUCUUUACCUUCAUCCCCACUCAUGUAUAUCAACCCAAUCAUCCACAAAGGGAAUUAGCUCAAUAAUUUAGCGCACUUAUCGUAGCGAAAUAAAGCAAUUGUAGGCAAAUUCUCUU